AUGUUGGUUGGUACCCCCCACCUGCUGACACUGGAUGAAGCUGAUGCCACCUGGACCCUCAUCAAGGAUAAAGUUAUCGAGGAGCGCUUUGGGCCCAAUGUAGUGGCAGUACCUUUCCUGUCGGAUGCAGCCUGCUAUGACCUACUGGGUGUGCUAGUGAAGCAGUCCCGACCAGCCCACACACGCCUGGCUUUACCAAGUCGGCAGGGUCGGCGGGCACUACAACCAGUAGGGCCACUACCAAACCUCCUGGAGCAGGUAGGAUCUAAGGGUGCCUUUGCCCACUGCACUCGGGAAUACUCACCAAACGGCCGGGAAGAGAUAGCCUAUGAAGAAAUGCGACUAUUGGAUGGGCAGCCCUGCAGGAUCCGCCUGCACAUGGGUGGUCUGCGCAAGAAGGUGGCCUUCCUGCUGCUGCCACCAGCUCAGGUGAGCCUACAGCAAAAUCUUCCCUGGCUCCGAAGCACCCACAGCAUCUAUGUCAUCUACCAGGUCUUCUCCUGUUCCUGGCUGCAGCUGGGGCUGUUGCCUACAGCCCAAGAGCCCCAGCUGCUCCGGUUACAACGGUCCCUGCCUGUUGCCUUCUCCUGCCUCAAGUUUUCACUGCAGCCCAAAGGAGUGCUGGGACCACAGAAGCCUCUGACCAAAGAUCCACUGCCCCAUGGGGCCAACUGGGUCAGACCCAACCUUGGGAUCAUGCCACCUCUGGCCCCCAUGUCAACCCCUACCGACACCCCUGAAGCUACUGAUGUGCCCCCACCUGCCCCAGCCACACCUACACCACCUCCUCAGGAAAGGCCAGAAGGCAGACCCACCAGAUUUUCCUACAAGGGCCGAAACCCUUUCCGCAGGGGGCCCCAGAUGCUGUCAGAGAACUGGCUCUUCAGCCCCCGCAGCCCCGCACCAGGAGUCCAGGGUGGGGGCCCCGGGGACCCCGACCGGCACUCCAUGUCCCUGCCCCUGCUGCAGGGUCUGUCCUCAGAGUUCGACAGCGACGAAUGA